UUGGCUUAUUGAAUAAGAAACAAAACCAAGCAGUGAUGAAAUGAAACAUUUUCCCAUCUGUUUCCAACCACAACCCAUGUUGUUGUGAUUUCCUUGUUUGUUUAUUCAGAAAGAGCCCAUUUUGGGUGACAUCUCUGAUUUUUCUCUUGAUUCCUUAUCACAGGCCACCCAAGUUGUUGUCUUCUUUGUCAAUCAAUCAUACUGCAUUGCCACAAGUUCAGAUCUGUGAAUUUCUGUCUGUGUGUGUGGUUGUUGGAGAUUGAAGGGCUUCAGCUAAAGCUGGAGUGUUGACUUUGUGGGUCUGUGUUGAAUUUUCCUUCUUCAUUGCUCUUUUGGGGUUUCUUGCUUCUUUUAUUGGGGUAAGAGCCAUAAUGGGGAAGAUCACUGGGGAGGGGCUUUUGAUUGUGCUGAUUCUGGUGGCAGUGAGUACUACUGAUGCUCAACCAAAAUCACUUCUUAUAAACUGUGGUUCAAAUUCUUCUGUAAAUGUUGAUGGUAGGAGAUGGGUUGGGGACAUGGCCUCUAAUACCAAUGUUACCCUAAGCUCCCCUGGUGUUGCUGUUUCCACUUCUACAUUAAGUGGCAAUUCAAUCUAUGAUCCCCUCUACAAAACAGCCAGAAUUUUCACAGCUUCUCUAAAUUACACAGUGAAAGAAGUUCAGGGAAACUACUUUGUUAGGUUCCAUUUCUGCCCCUUUGAGACUGGGGAGGACUUCAAUGUAAAUAAGUCCUCAUUUGGUGUUGUGGUCAAUGGUCUGAAACUAUUGUCAGAGUUUGAUGUUCCAGGUAUGAUAUCCCACAAGAACAUGGACUUGCAGAGUUCUGGAAAGAAUGCUAGUUCAUUCUUCUUGGUUAAAGAGUAUAUUCUGGCUGUGAAUGUGGAUUUGCUUGUGAUUGAGUUUGUUCCAACUGGAGGCUCAUUUGGCUUCAUCAAUGCCAUCGAGAUUGUCCCGGUUGUAGGUGAGCUUUUUGAUGGCUCAGUCAGUAAAGUUGGUGGAGGUGGUGGAAAUUUGAAUUUGAAUGGACGUGCGAUGGAGACUAUGUACAGGUUAAAUGUUGGUGGCCCUGAGAUUCAAUCUGAUCAGGAUCCUGAUCUUUGGAGAACUUGGGAAGUGGAUUCUAGCUACAUGAUCACAGAAAAUGCUGGUUCAGCAAUUAAGAACCAUUCUAACAUCACAUAUGCUUCCAUGAAUGACACUUCAGUGGCUCCUCUCCUUGUGUAUGAAACUGCAAGGGCUAUGUCCAACACUCAAGUCCUGGAAAAAAGAUUUAACAUGUCAUGGAAAUUUGAAGUAGAUCCUGAUUUUGAUUAUUUGGUCCGGUUACAUUUCUGUGAGCUGGAUUAUGAUAAGGCAAAUGAGAGAAUAUUCAGGGUCUACAUAAACAACAGGACAGCUAUGGGUAAUGUUGAUAUCUUCGUACGAGCAGGAGGGAUGAAUAAAGCAUAUCACCAGGAUCAUUUUGAUACCGUGUCGUCGAGGAUUGACAACCUUUGGGUUCAGCUUGGUCCUGAGACAGCUGCUGGUGCUGCAGGAACUGAUGCUCUCUUGAAUGGUCUUGAGAUUUUCAAGCUUAGCCGAAAUGGUAAUCUUGCCCAUGUGGAGAGAUUUGACUCAGCUGACAAUUUGGUAGGCAAAUCAAAAGCAAGAAUUUGGGUGGGAAUAGGAGCAGGUCUAGCUUCUAUUGCUGUAGUUGCUGGUAUAGUUCUUGUUUUGUGUUUCUGCAAACGCAGGAGGAAAGAAUCAAUAGAUACCAAAAACAACCCUCCAGGUUGGAGACCAUUGUUCCUGUAUGGUGGGAUAAACAGUACUGUGGGUGCCAAGGGAUCAGCAGGAACUCAGAAGUCAUAUGGACCGGCCGCCUCAACCAGAGCCGGCAAGCGGUUUACAUUGGCGGAAAUUAUUGCUGCAACAAAUAAUUUUGAUGAGAGUUUGGUAAUUGGAGUUGGAGGCUUUGGUAAGGUGUAUAAGGGUGAGAUUGAUGAUGGUAUCCCAGCUGCGAUUAAGCGUGCCAACCCUCAUUCUGAUCAAGGUCUGGCUGAAUUCGAGACAGAAAUUGAGAUGCUCUCAAAACUCAGGCACAGGCAUCUGGUGUCCUUGAUCGGUUUCUGUGAAGAGAAAAAUGAAAUGAUUUUGGUUUAUGAGUACAUGGCCAAUGGAACGCUUAGAAGUCAUCUAUUUGGGAGUGAUCUUCCUCCAUUAACUUGGAAGCAGCGCGUAGAAGCAUGCAUUGGUGCCGCGAGGGGACUUCACUACCUUCACACCGGAGCUGACCGCGGAAUAAUUCACCGCGAUGUCAAGACAACCAAUAUAUUGCUGGAUGAGAAUUUCGUAGCCAAAAUGGCCGAUUUUGGUUUGUCAAAAGAUGGACCUGCAUUUGAGCAUACCCAUGUUAGCACUGCAGUGAAAGGAAGUUUCGGCUAUCUCGACCCGGAGUACUUCAGAAGACAGCAACUGACUGAGAAAUCUGAUGUUUACUCUUUCGGGGUUGUGCUGUUUGAAGCUGUUUGUGCUAGAGCUGUGAUAAACCCCACCUUGCCGAAAGAUCAGAUCAAUCUUGCAGAAUGGGCAAUGAGAUGGCAACGGCAGAGAUCACUCGACACAAUCAUUGAUGCACGACUCAAAGGAAGUUACUGCCCUGAAUCCUUGUCGAAGUUUGCCGAGAUCGCCGAGAAAUGUCUUGCUGACGACGGGAAGAGCCGCCCCACCAUGGGGGAGGUGUUAUGGCACUUGGAGUAUGUCUUGCAGCUGCAUGAAGCUUGGCUCAACCUGAAGAGCAAUGAAACUUCUUUCUCUAGUAGUCAAGCUUUGAGAGGUAUACAAGAUGAUGGAGGAUUAGAAGUGGUGGUGCAGGAGCCUUCAAGUCACGAUGAAGAGGUCGGUUUAGAUCUCAAACAGAAUUGAAUCUACAACAUGCAGGGGUCAAAGCUGCAAUUUGAGUUCAAUGAUUUCUGAAUUCUAAUCAGGGAGGGACACCAUUGGAGAAACAUUGCCUUAUAGCUAAUGUCAUUUACAGAUUCAUUUUAUUGUUUUAUUGAAUUCGAGUUUACUCUUACAGUUUCUUUUGUAUCUGAUCUUGUAUACACGGUAGUGGAAUCAGGAAUGUAUGAUCUAUGAACACCUUGUCUAAAAAUGAAAUAUCAAGAUUUGUGACAUGUUCUGCAA